GAGUGGCUGGUCAGCUCAGUUGCUCGCGCAUCGUUCAAGCCAGCAGUUCUGAAAAAAUCGUGUUGAGUGGAAGACAGACUGAAAGACUAACUGCAACAGCUACUGCCCAAGAACUGGUUUCUCGCAUCACUCAAUCUCCUGCAGAAUGCUGAAGCUGUCGUCGUUGAUGUUGUUAACGUUUGGCGUGCUGCACGUUCAAAUGCAGCCGCUGCAGCAAGCAGCCGAGGAGAAUGAAUCGUCUCACGCGCUCUACGAUCAGCGCCAGACGGGCAAAUACAAUAUACACGUGAGCAUCAAGGAUGUGGCCAUCAUAGAGGUGGAUCAAAAUGAGCUGGCCGAUGAAUCGUAUAAUGAGGAGUACGAUGAUUAUUACUAUGAUGAUAAUGCGCUGACCAUUAAGCCCAUCAAGUUUACCACUGAAGCCAGCACAACACCAUCAGCAGCAGCAGCAGCGGCAGCUGCAACAACAACAACAACAGCAGCAACACCAACAGCAUCAUCAGCAGCAACAUCAAGCACACCUACAGCAACUCAACCAACAACUGUCGCUCCAACGGCAGCUGCUGCUGUUGCUGCUGCAUCGAUACCAACGCCCAGCAGCAAUAUGAGCACAUACAGCGCUCAGCUCUUGGCAGACAUUGCAGCGACGCAGCGGUUGCGGCCCAAGGCGAGCAAUUUAAUUAUCAUGGAGACGCCCAUAGGCGGACCAUCGACGCUGUUGCCCAAAUGGCUGCAUGCGCGCUCCAAAGACGAGCCCCUAACGACAACAACAUCGAGAACACCGAUUGCUGCAGCUGCAACUGCUUCGCCCUAUCCCUCCCAUAUAGAGUAUACGCCCGGAAAGGGUCACGAUUCGCCCAUAUUCAAGGUCAAAGUGCAACGUGCCGCACCAGCUGAGACGCCCACCCGCUGUCGUGCCCAUCAGUUCCGCGAUGCGCAGGGCAAGUGCCGCAGCAAACGCAACUCCGGUUCCAUCUUAAGAAAGCUGUUCAGCAUGCUGGUGUCGCUGCCCUUUGCUGGCAAUCGUCAUGCUCAUGGACAUGGUCUACAGAUCUCACCUUAAGCUCUGCCUCCACAUGAUUGCGCAGUUUUUUGUUAGUCUUAAGCACUCUAAUUUGGUAUUAUAAUAAUAAAUAUCGCGAGUUGAUCAUGAUGUGUA